CUGUCCGCGGGGGGCGGGGCCUGUGCGGUGGGAUUUCCCGGCCGGUGUUUCGGGCCCUUUAAGAGGCGACGCCGGAGCCGGAGCCAUUUUCCCCCCUUCGGCCGCGGCGAGGAGGAGCCGGAGCGGGAGUGACACCGGGCCGGAGCCAGCGCGACCCGCGGCGGCUCUGGGUGACUCGGGCCGGCGCCGAGGGCCCCGGGCCUGCGGCCGGAGCAGCUGGGCCGACUCGCGGGCCGGCGGCGGAAGGGGAUGGCGUCGGGCCUGGGCUCCCCGUCCCCCUGCUCGGCGGGCAGCGAGGAGGAGGACAUGGACACACUUUUGAACAACAGCCUGCCCCCGCCCCACCCAGAGAACGAAGAGGACCCAGAAGAGGACCUGUCCGAGGCAGAGGCUCCCAAGCUCAAGAAGAAGAAGAAGCCCAAGAAACCUCGGGACCCCAAGAUCCCCAAGAGCAAGCGCCAAAAGAAGGAGCGUGUGCUCUUGUGCCGGCAGCUGGGGGACAGCUCUGGGGAGGGGCCCGAGUUUGUGGAGGAGGAGGAGGAGGUGGUCCUGCGCUCAGACAGUGAGGGCAGCGACUACACCCCCGGCAAGAAGAAGAAGAAGAAGCUCGGACCCAAGAAAGAGAAGAAGAGCAAGUCUAAGCGGAAGGAAGAGGAGGAGGAGGAUGACGACGACGACGACUCCAAGGAGCCCAAGUCGUCGGCGCAGCUCCUGGAAGACUGGGGCAUGGAGGACAUCGACCACAUGUUCUCCGAGGAGGAUUACCGCACCCUCACCAACUACAAGGCCUUCAGCCAGUUCGUCCGGCCCCUCAUUGCUGCCAAAAACCCCAAGAUCGCCGUCUCCAAGAUGAUGAUGGUUCUGGGCGCGAAGUGGCGGGAGUUCAGCACCAACAACCCCUUCAAGGGCAGUUCUGGGGCGUCUGUGGCGGCCGCGGCGGCGGCGGCGGUGGCCGUGGUGGAGAGCAUGGUGACGGCCACGGAAGUCGCGCCCCCUCCGCCCCCCGUGGAGGUGCCUAUCCGCAAGGCCAAGACCAAGGAGGGCAAAGGCCCCAAUGCCCGGAGGAAGCCCAAGGGCAGCCCCCGUGUCCCAGACGCGAAGAAGCCGAAGCCCAAGAAGGUGGCGCCGCUGAAGAUCAAACUGGGCGGCUUUGGCUCCAAGCGCAAGAGAUCCUCGAGCGAGGACGACGACCUGGACGUGGAGUCGGACUUCGACGACGCCAGCAUCAACAGCUACUCGGUCUCCGACGGCUCCACCAGCCGCAGCAGCCGCAGCCGCAAGAAGCUCCGCACCACGAAGAAGAAGAAGAAAGGCGAGGAGGAGGUGACGGCUGUGGAUGGUUAUGAGACAGACCACCAGGACUAUUGCGAGGUGUGCCAGCAAGGCGGGGAGAUCAUCCUGUGCGACACCUGUCCGCGCGCCUACCACAUGGUCUGCCUGGACCCUGACAUGGAGAAGGCCCCCGAGGGCAAGUGGAGCUGUCCGCACUGCGAGAAGGAGGGCAUCCAGUGGGAGGCCAAGGACGACAACUCGGAGGGCGAGGAGAUCCUGGAGGAGGCGGGCGGCGACCCCGAGGAGGAGGACGACCACCACAUGGAGUUCUGCCGCGUGUGCAAGGACGGCGGCGAGCUGUUGUGCUGUGACACCUGCCCCUCGUCCUACCACAUCCACUGCCUCAACCCCCCGCUUCCGGAGAUCCCCAACGGCGAGUGGCUCUGCCCGCGCUGCACGUGUCCGGCUCUGAAGGGCAAAGUCCAGAAGAUCCUCAUCUGGAAGUGGGGUCAGCCACCGUCUCCCACCCCAGUGCCUCGGCCUCCGGACGCCGACCCCAACACCCCUUCCCCCAAGCCUUUGGAGGGGCGGCCGGAGCGACAGUUCUUCGUGAAGUGGCAGGGCAUGUCCUACUGGCACUGCUCCUGGGUGUCUGAGCUGCAGUUGGAGCUGCACUGCCAGGUGAUGUUCCGGAACUACCAGCGGAAGAACGACAUGGACGAGCCGCCUUCUGGGGACUUUGGGGGUGACGAGGAGAAGAGUCGGAAGCGCAAGAACAAGGACCCUAAGUUUGCAGAGAUGGAGGAACGCUUCUACCGCUAUGGGAUAAAACCCGAGUGGAUGAUGAUCCACCGGAUUCUCAACCACAGUGUGGACAAGAAAGGCCACGUCCACUACUUGAUCAAGUGGCGGGACCUGCCGUACGAUCAGGCGUCCUGGGAGAGCGAGGACGUGGAGAUCCAGGACUACGACCUGUUCAAGCAGAGCUACUGGAAUCACAGGGAGCUGAUGAGGGGCGAGGAAGGACGUCCCGGCAAGAAGCUGAAGAAGGUGAAGCUGAGGAAGUUGGAGAGGCCGCCCGAGACGCCCACAGUCGAUCCCACGGUGAAGUACGAGCGACAGCCUGAGUACCUGGAUGCCACGGGCGGGACCUUGCACCCCUACCAGAUGGAGGGCCUGAACUGGCUGCGCUUCUCCUGGGCGCAGGGCACCGACACCAUCCUGGCCGACGAGAUGGGCCUGGGCAAGACGGUGCAGACGGCCGUCUUCCUCUACUCGCUCUACAAGGAGGGCCACUCCAAGGGCCCCUUCCUGGUGAGCGCCCCGCUUUCCACCAUCAUCAACUGGGAGCGGGAGUUUGAGAUGUGGGCUCCGGACAUGUACGUGGUGACCUAUGUGGGGGACAAGGACAGCCGGGCCAUCAUCCGCGAGAACGAGUUCUCCUUUGAGGACAACGCCAUCCGCGGGGGCAAGAAGGCCUCCCGCAUGAAGAAAGAGGCGUCCGUGAAGUUCCACGUGCUGCUGACGUCCUAUGAGCUGAUCACCAUCGACAUGGCCAUCCUGGGCUCCAUCGACUGGGCCUGCCUCAUCGUGGACGAAGCGCAUCGACUCAAGAACAAUCAGUCCAAGUUCUUCCGAGUCCUCAACGGCUACUCGCUGCAGCACAAGCUCUUGCUGACGGGCACGCCUUUGCAGAACAAUCUGGAAGAGUUGUUUCACCUGCUCAACUUCCUCACCCCCGAGAGGUUCCACAACCUGGAGGGCUUCUUGGAGGAGUUCGCUGACAUCGCCAAGGAGGACCAGAUCAAGAAGCUGCAUGACAUGCUGGGCCCCCACAUGCUGCGGCGGCUCAAGGCCGAUGUGUUCAAGAACAUGCCCUCCAAGACCGAGCUGAUCGUGCGCGUGGAGCUGAGCCCCAUGCAGAAGAAGUACUACAAGUACAUCCUCACUCGGAAUUUCGAGGCGCUCAACGCCCGUGGCGGCGGCAACCAGGUCUCCCUGCUGAACGUGGUGAUGGACCUGAAGAAGUGCUGCAACCACCCCUACCUCUUCCCCGUGGCUGCCAUGGAAGCCCCGAAGAUGCCCAACGGCAUGUACGAUGGCAGCGCCCUCAUCCGGGCGUCGGGCAAGCUGCUGCUGCUGCAGAAGAUGCUGAAGAACCUGAAGGAGGGCGGGCACCGCGUGCUCAUCUUCUCCCAGAUGACCAAGAUGCUGGACCUGCUGGAGGACUUCCUGGAGCACGAGGGGUACAAGUACGAGCGCAUCGACGGCGGCAUCACGGGCAACAUGCGGCAGGAGGCCAUCGACCGCUUCAACGCACCGGGGGCUCAGCAGUUCUGCUUCUUGCUUUCCACACGAGCUGGGGGGCUCGGAAUCAACCUGGCCACUGCUGACACCGUUAUCAUCUACGACUCUGACUGGAACCCCCAUAACGACAUCCAGGCCUUCAGCCGCGCUCACCGCAUCGGGCAGAACAAGAAAGUGAUGAUCUAUCGGUUUGUGACCCGGGCGUCAGUGGAGGAGCGCAUCACGCAGGUGGCCAAGAAGAAGAUGAUGCUGACGCAUCUCGUGGUCCGCCCCGGGCUGGGCUCCAAGACGGGCUCCAUGUCCAAGCAGGAGCUGGACGAUAUCCUCAAGUUCGGCACGGAGGAACUGUUUAAGGACGAGGCCACGGAUGGAGGAGGAGACAACAAAGAGGGCGAGGACAGCAGUGUUAUCCACUAUGACGAUAAGGCCAUUGAGCGGCUGCUGGAUCGGAACCAGGAUGAGACGGAAGACACAGAGUUGCAGGGCAUGAAUGAAUAUUUGAGCUCAUUUAAAGUGGCCCAGUAUGUGGUACGGGAGGAAGAGAUGGGGGAGGAAGAGGAGGUAGAACGGGAAAUCAUAAAACAGGAAGAAAGUGUGGAUCCUGACUACUGGGAGAAAUUGCUGCGGCACCAUUAUGAGCAGCAGCAAGAAGAUCUGGCCCGAAAUCUGGGCAAAGGAAAAAGAAUCCGUAAACAGGUCAACUACAAUGAUGGCUCCCAGGAGGACCGAGGUGUGUGUGGCCGGCCCCGCCCCCCGCCCAUGGGCCGUUCUACCAGAGCAGUGGGCCCCGCUCAUCUGCCCUCUCUCCCUCCAGAUUGGCAGGACGACCAGUCCGACAACCAGUCCGAUUAUUCUGUGGCUUCAGAGGAAGGUGAUGAGGACUUCGAUGAGAGAUCUGAAGCUCCCCGCAGGCCCAGUCGCAAGGGCCUGCGGAACGAUAAAGAUAAGCCAUUGCCUCCUCUGUUGGCCCGCGUUGGGGGGAAUAUUGAAGUGCUCGGUUUUAAUGCCCGUCAGCGGAAAGCCUUUCUUAAUGCCAUUAUGCGAUACGGCAUGCCACCUCAGGAUGCUUUUACCACCCAGUGGCUGGUGCGGGACCUGCGAGGCAAGUCGGAGAAGGAGUUCAAGGCGUACGUCUCUCUCUUUAUGCGGCAUUUAUGUGAGCCGGGAGCCGAUGGGGCCGAAACCUUUGCUGACGGUGUCCCCCGGGAAGGCCUGUCUCGUCAGCACGUCCUCACGAGAAUCGGUGUCAUGUCCUUGAUUCGGAAAAAGGUCCAAGAGUUUGAACACGUGAAUGGGCGCUGGAGCAUGCCUGAGCUCGCCGAAGUAGAGGAGAACAAAAAAAUGUCCCAGCCAGGCUCGCCCUCCCCUAAGACUCCGACGCCGUCCACUCCAGGGGACACGCAGCCCAAUACUCCCGCGCCUGUGCCGCCUGCUGAGGAUGGCGUUAAAGUGGAGGAAAACAGUGUCAAGGAAGAGGAGAAUGCGGAAGGAGACAAGGAGGUCAAACCUGUGGCCCCCGAGAACGCGGCUGAGUGCCCACAGCCCCCUGCGCCUGCCGCUGAGGACGAGAAAGCCCUGGCCGAGCCCCCCGAGGGGGAGGAGAAGGCGGAGAAGGCGGAGGGGAAGGAGCGGCCUGAGGAGCCCAUGGAGACGGAGUCCAAAGGUGCUGCCGAGGCGGAGAAGGCGGAGGAGAAGGCAGCCGCCACGGACCUGACCCCGAUCGUGGUGGAGGAUAAAGAGGAGAAGAAGGAGGAGGAGGAGAAGAAGGAGGUAAUGCUGCAGAACGGAGAGACCCCCAAGGAGCUUGGGGACGAGAAGCAGAAGAAAAACGUCAAGCAGCGGUUCAUGUUCAACAUCGCUGACGGCGGCUUCACCGAGCUCCACUCCCUCUGGCAGAACGAGGAGCGCGCCGCCACUGUCACCAAGAAGACCUACGAGAUCUGGCACCGGCGGCACGACUACUGGCUGCUGGCCGGCAUCAUCAACCAUGGCUAUGCCCGGUGGCAGGACAUCCAGAACGACCCGCGCUACGCCAUCCUCAACGAACCUUUUAAGGGCGAGAUGAACCGGGGCAAUUUCUUAGAGAUCAAGAACAAGUUUCUAGCCCGGAGGUUCAAGCUCCUGGAGCAGGCCCUGGUGAUCGAGGAACAGCUGCGCCGCGCGGCGUACCUGAACAUGUCCGAGGACCCCUCACACCCCUCCAUGGCCCUCAACACCCGCUUUGCCGAGGUGGAAUGUCUGGCCGAGAGUCACCAGCACCUGUCCAAGGAGUCGAUGGCUGGGAACAAGCCAGCCAACGCGGUCCUGCACAAAGUCCUAAAGCAGCUGGAAGAACUGCUAAGUGACAUGAAAGCCGACGUGACGCGGCUCCCCGCCACCAUCGCCCGAAUCCCCCCCGUCGCCGUGAGGCUACAGAUGUCCGAGCGAAACAUUCUCAGCCGCCUGGCCAACCGCGCCCCAGAGCCGACUCCGCAGCAGGUAGCCCAGCAGCAGUGAAGACCCAGACCCCAGAGACCACCGCCACCGCUGAGCAGUGACCGUCCUCACUUCCCCUUGCCCGGCUUCUCCUCCUGCCCCACUUUCCACGUUGUAAACAGCCCCCUGCGCGCCGGGGAGCGGGCGCGGGCGGUGGUGCCCGCCCCGGAGAGACUGCAGCGCUGGCGCCGUGUGUGGGAGCCGGCGGGCUGGCCUCCUCUGGCCCGGCCGCCCCGCUGGAACUUCUGUUACGCACAGACUGUUGUGGGCUCCCGCCAGGCUUGAAGAAAGCGAGCUGAAUUUCUUCCUCCUUUAGGUUUUAUUUUAUUUUGUGUUUUCUUUUCUCUUCUCUCACUCUCUCUUUCUCUCGCUCUCUUUUUAUUUUUGUUUGGGGGAGGGGUAUUCAGAGUGGGCCGGGCCCCUGGGCGAGACACAGCUACCUCUGUUGGCAUCUUUUUAAUACCAGGAACCCAGCGGCCCCAGCCACUGAGCGGCUCGAACGGAAUAAAGUGGAAAAACAAAAACUAAAAAAAAAGAAAAAAAAGAAAAAAAAAGGAAAAGAACCAAAAGCAUAAAAAACCACAGCAAAUUUCUUGAUGAAAACUGAAAAUAAAAGUUUCCUUGUA